UGUGCUCUCGUGAUUUUCUCUACAAAUUCUCUCUCUCUAGACUGAACCCAAAUUCUCUCUCCAAAACUCUGCAAAGACAGAGCACAAAAAUGGCAGCCUUAUAGAUAAAGCCAAUUCUUGGCAUCCUCUCUUUUCUUUUUGUAUCCAUGGCGCAAUUUCAAUUUCCAGGUAUUCUACUCUGUUUCUUCCUUCUUCUAUUUCAUCAUCUUGUUGACUCCGAACCGAUUCAGGACAAACAAGCCUUACUCGAUUUCAUUUCUCAUGUUCCUCACUCGAAUCGUAUUCAAUGGAACUCCAAUCAAUCCGUCUGCAAUUGGGUUGGCGUCAGCUGCAACGCCGAUCAAUCGUCGGUUUUCAACCUCCGACUUCCGGCGGCUGGUCUUGUAGGUUCAAUUCCUCCUAAUACAAUUGGAAAACUUUCUCAAUUAAGAGUUCUUAGUCUCCGUCUUAAUCGUCUUUCUGGUCAGAUUCCAUCUGAUUUCUCUAAUUUAAAGCUUCUCCGAAGUUUAUACCUUCAGGGUAAUCAAUUAUCCGGCGAAUUUCCGGUUACUAUUCCUGAAUUAUCUGGCUUGAAUCGAUUAGAUCUCUCUAGUAAUAACUUUAAUGGGUCAAUACCUUUCUCUAUCAAUAAUCUCACUAGCCUGACUGGUCUUUUCCUGGAAAACAAUGGCUUUUCCGGUAACUUACCAACCAUUAACAUAUCAAGUCUUACAGAAUUCAAUAUCUCGAAUAACCAAAUAAAUGGAUCGAUUCCCGAAACCCUUUCUAGAUUCCCAGCAUCUGCAUUCGCCGGAAACAUCGGGCUUUGCGGCGGUCCGUUGGUUUCCUGUGGCCCGUUCUUCCCCUCCCCAUCCCCGACACCAUCCUCGCCGGAGAAACCCAUAUCAAAGAAAUCGAAGAAGCUAUCGACUGGAGCUAUUGUGGGUAUAUCAAUUGGAGCUGGGUUUCUUUUCUUCCUACUUCUACUACUCUGUAUCAUUUGUAUACGCCGGAAAAAGCGUCGGGUCGGUGAGAAAACGAAGCCAUCGACGGCUGUCAGAUCAGUCGGUGCGACGACGGGUACAACUUCAAAUCCUGAUCAAGCAGGUCCAUCGUAUGUUACAACUGAUUCAGUUGAAGGAGGAGAGAAAACGAAACUAGUGUUCUUUAACGGAGGGAAUUACAACUUCGAUUUAGAAGAUCUACUUCGUGCGUCGGCGGAAGUUCUUGGAAAAGGCACUGUCGGAACAGCGUAUAAAGCAGUUCUAGAAGAAGGCACGACAGUUGUCGUGAAAAGGCUUAAAGAUGUUGUUGUUUCUAAGAAAGAUUUCGAAACACAAAUGGAUAUCAUCGGAAAUAUUAGACACGAUAAUGUUGUAUCAAUCCGUGCUUAUUAUUAUUCAAGAGAUGAAAAAUUACUCGUCUAUGAUUACAUGCCCGCCGGCAGCUUAUCUUCUCUUCUUCACGGUAGCAGAGGAUCCGGCCGGACGCCGUUGGAUUGGGAAAAGAGAGUAAAGAUAGCAAUUGGGGCUGGUAGAGGAUUAGCCAAUCUACACAUAUCAGGAAAAGUUGUCCAUGGAAACAUAAAAGCUUCAAACAUUCUCCUCCGGGAAGAUCAUACCGCCGCCGUUUCAGAUUUCGGGCUCAACUCACUAUUCGGAACAGGUACGCCGCCGAACAGAGUGGCUGGGUAUCGAGCGCCGGAGAUGGUGGAGACAAGGAAAGCGAGUUUUAAAUCGGAUGUUUAUAGUUUUGGAGUGUUAUUGUUAGAGCUUUUGACAGGGAAAUCUCCUAAUCAAGCUUCGUUUGGGGAUGAAGGUGUUGAUCUUCCUCGAUGGGUUCAAUCGGUUGUGAGGGAAGAAUGGACGGCGGAAGUGUUUGAUGUUGAAUUGAUGAGAUAUCAGAAUAUUGAAGAAGAGAUGGUUCAGUUGUUGCAGAUUGCGAUGACAUGUGUUUCGCAUGUGCCGGAUGAAAGACCGACAAUGGAGGAUGUUGUUCGUAUGAUUGAGGAGAUGCCGAUGAAUAGGGCGGUGGUCGGGGAAACCGACGACGGAAUACGGCAAUCUUCCGAUGAGCCGCCGUGAGAAUUGGGGACCAUGUAAUAGGACAAGGGAAAAUAAUUCUUCUUUUAGAUAUUUUUUUAAUGUGAGAAAAAAUUGGGAGAUAUUCUUUUAGGGAGUGUUUGGAUGUAAUUGUUUAUUUAUUCCUGGGUUGGUGGUUUCUAUUAUUAUAAAUAUUAUUAAAUAGGGGGUUGGGGAUGUUGUAAUUUGACUAUUGGAUUUGGAUUGAUUUUUAGUUAUUAUUGUAAAGGUAU